AUGGCGUUGACUUUGAGACUAGCCUCCACCGGCUCCAGUGGCUUGAGCGAGGACGAUCAUGACUUGACAAAGUCAUCGUUGAAUCGGCACCUCACGAACAUUGGCAAGGAAGUCUCUGAUCCUGGUAUGGAACCUACUGGUGAGAUCAGGGUCGGACUCACCAAGGCGAAAGAGGCCAGCCCGGCGACUCGAGUCAAGAGAAUCGCCUUCAUGAGGAGUGGUAUUCAAGCUAUGCCACGAGAUCAAGCAGAUCUUGUCGAGGCAGGUCUUGUGACGGGACAUGCGGUCAUGAAGUCAGACGGCAGGCUUGUGCUGCAGCUGCGUGAUGUUACGCCUGGAGGGUAUGGACUCGAGAGGACACCGGGCAGUAUGGACUCCAUCGCCCCGGAGACCCUUCAAUGA